AUGAACAACAACAUCAUCAAAUACGAUAUUAUACAUGACACGAAUCGAUUCAAUCUUUUGGACAUCUCAUAUGUGGGAGAUAUUCAUGUUGUUGGAGUGGGGUCGGUUUCGUUGAACAAACGGAUAACAUGGUUUCGAGACGUCAGAUAUGUUUGGAAUCACUCGAUUCCUUACAAGUAUCCAUCAGUCCAAGACAAAGUUAUGAAUUCAGCUAGGUAGGUUGUAAAAAAUGUUUUUAUAUGUCUGUUCAUGUUUAGAGUCAGAAGAACGAUUGAAGAAGUUGCUGCUGAGGAACAAACUAAUGUUUCAGCCAUCACAAAACGAGCAUGGGGAUUUUUCUACGGGAUCCGAGCUGCUUAUUCAAAAGUGUGGACAAGGUUCCUUGGGUAUCUGAUGUUCAAGGUGUUCAGAAGGCUGAUGAAAGUGUUAUACGUGUGCCCGGAGCAGAUGAACCGUCUUAUAGAAGCGGACAAGGUCAUGAUUAUAUAUUUUUUUAAAUGUAUUUUAGUUUAGUCUGGUGUUUCGUUGUUGUACCUACCUCUACACAGAAGCCAUCUCGAUUAUCAGAUCAUAACUUGGGUUCUUUGGCACUGGGGGAUUAGAUUUCCGCAUGUAGCAGCUGGCGAUAACCUUAAUCUUUAUGGUUUUGGGUAUGUUGUUGUAUAUUUUUACUACAAAAGUUGUUUUUAAUUUAUAUUGGAAUAACUUUCAGUUGGAUGUUGCGUUUCACUGGAGCCUUCUUCAUCAGACGCCGAAUAGAUCAGAACGACGAAUCAACUCAAGAUAAACUCUAUCGUAACGUUUUGAAAACCUACCUGAUCGAGCUUUUGAAGUCAGGUUUAAGUGUGGAAUUUUUUUUGGAAGGGACCAGAAGCAGAAUGGGGAAGUCGUUAUUACCUAAAAAUGGUUUGAUCUCCAAUGUCCUCGAAGCAAUUGAUACUGGAGAGGUAAAGGAUGUUUAUUUGGUACCUACAAGCAUUACCUAUGAUUCUGCAGUAGAAGGAGUGUUUUACAACGAGUUGAUGGGUGUGAGGAAGAAGAAGGAGAACUUCUUCAGAGUUAUCAAAGGUGUUUGGGAGAGUUUCAGUCGAAAAACACCUUGUGGCGUGGUUUGCAUUGAUUUUGGAGAGCCGAGGUUAUUGAGUGUAAGUUUUAACUUUUUUAAAGAUACACAUUGAAGAAACAUGACUAUGGUUUUUACAAACACAAAAUAACAUUGUUCAAACUUCAUCACCUAUUGAAUGUGUAUAAAAGACUGUUUAGGAAGAAUUGAGACGAGUUACAAAAUGGUUAUCAGCAGUAGAACUUCCUGAGUUAGACUACGCGAUGAAUCGAAAGUCAUACAGAGAGCUGAUGCCUUGGUCUGAUACCAGUUUGACCCACAGGAACAAAGUCCGCGCUGUUGGCUACAAUAUUGUUUAUUGUAAGUUAUUUUCCAAUAGCGACAGGGUCUUUAAAUAGUUGAAGUUUAUGUUCUUAAGUAUUACAAUACCUUGAAUAGAUUAUGAGUGCGGUAGCCUUGAAAUGUAAUUUUCAGUAGCCCAACGUCAACAACCGAUUUUACUCUCCAGUUUAAUGGCGGCUUUGUUCCUCAGUAAGUACAGAACGCGGAAGGUUACUACAAAUGAAUUGAUAUCGGAUAUCGAAACUUUGAGUGCCGAAAUCAGAACUCUAGGCUUCGAAGUCCUUGGAUGGACACCUGACAUAAAGGACAACAAUCAUUUCGUGAGAGAGAUGAAUAAAUACCUGGACCAUUGCUUUAUUAUCGACAGCAAUUACAUACAACUGAUCGACUGUCACAAGACCUAUAUUACCUUAUCUUACCACAAAAAUGCAUUAUUACCUGUUUAUUGUUUGAUCUCAGUUGCUGGUAAGUAUUCUUUAAUUUCAGUAUGGGCUUUUGAUGUUAUUUAUGUACAAACCGUAAUUGUUUCUUACUUAAUUAAAAUUUGGUUAUAUUUUCCUUAACAUAAUGUUUUAAGCUUUGUUAAAACCUGUUGUUACCGAAAAUGGAGAUUCGGGAGUCCUGAUUAAGCGAAUGAGUGCCAUUUGUACGACCUUACGAUACGAAAUGCUUAUUUGUAGUGUAAGUUAAAUGGAAUUUUCUAUUUUUGAUUAAAAUUUACGAAGUAAAAAAAAUAGAUAUUGUAUUUUAGCCUUGUGGUGCAAUGGAAGAACACAUGGAGAUGGCCAUCAACUUCUGGGAAUCUGGAAAGAAUUCCUUUGAGCGAGAGUUUUACUACAAGAUGAUCACACCAUUCUUGACUACGUUAAGAUACGUUUCCCUCAACAUUAAGUCACACCAACAUGAAUAUAAGAAUGUUACGGGUAAGAACGUUUCUCAACAACUUUAGGCCCAAAAGUUCUUAGAAUUUAACAAUAAAGUUCGUAAUUUGGUAAAAAAAUAUAUUGACAACCAUGUAGAUUUAUAUUUUAAAAAAAUGUUAUAGAUAACGAUUACAUCAGAACGUUAGCUCAACAAAUGGCUAACGACCCCAAACUGGAAUUACUAGAAUCAGCCAAUUCAGAAUCCAUCUACAACUCGUUGAAGGCUCUUCGUGCUUGGGGAGCACUGAACGAAAAUGGAAUCGAGAUAUUGAGCGAAUACUUGAUAACACAAACUAUUAGGAAACUGAACUUUCUAUUGUUUUAA